GCCUCAUCGACAUCGACAUCGACAAUUCGACAUUGACAUCCAUCCCAGCCAUCACCCACCCACCCACCUUCGGCUUAUCAGCUUCUGUAGUCCAUGUCCGUUGCAGAGCGAAGACACCACUCCCCAACAUGAAGCUCUCUACAGUGCUCUUGGCCUCCACAGCAUCGGCUCUCUCAGUGCCCACCUGGGCCGAUCUUGCAAAUGCAGUCCAAGGCCAGAAUCCUUUCGCCAGCAGCGAGAAGUACCUCGUUGAGCUGUCGCCAGAAGAGCAGAUAUGGGUUACUGAAGAUGAGAAGUGGGCACUUCGCCGCGAUGGCAUCAAGUUCUUCGAUAUCACUGAGCAGUCUGCCGAUCCCGAUUUUGCCGUGCGACAGAAGAGCAACAGGAAAACACAGAAAGUGACAUAUCCCAAGAAAACUACCCAGAACGAGGCGCUAUCGACGUUGCUCAAGGAGCUCGAUAAGAAGAAUAUGAGGGAAAACCUAGAGGUCUUUACAAGUUAUCACACCCGCUAUUAUAAGAGCGAUUAUGGUCGUCAGUCUUCGGAAUGGCUACUGGGUCAAGUGAAUAAGACCCUCACAGAUGCCGGCGUUGGAAUCGUUCGUCCCUUUACUCAUCCUUGGGGCCAAAACAGCAUUAUUGCCACUCUACCAGGCAAGAGCGAGAAGACUGUGGUUAUUGGUGCACAUCAGGACAGCAUAAAUCUCUUCUUGCCCUCCAUUCUUGCUGCCCCGGGGGCUGACGACGAUGGCUCGGGCACCGUCACUAUCCUUGAGGCUCUGCGUGUGAUCUUGGAGGACAAGGAUAUCGCACAAGGCAAGGCUGAGAAUACCCUCGAGUUCCAUUGGUACUCUGCUGAAGAGGGCGGCUUGCUGGGAUCCCAAGCUAUAUUCAAUGCGUACGAGAGAGAUGGAAGGGACGUCAAGGCUAUGCUUCAGCAGGACAUGACCGGCUAUACCCACGGUACACUUGAAGCCGGAGAGCCCGAAAGCGUGGGUGUCAUCACGGACUACGUCGACCCGGGCCUCACGGAAUUUAUCAAGGAGGUGGUAAGCACAUACUGCACAAUUCCGUACGUCGAGACCAAGUGCGGAUAUGCUUGCAGUGACCACGCCUCUGCUUCCAAAGCUGGCUAUCCCAGUGCAUUCGUCAUUGAGUCCGACUUCAAAUACAGCGAUAAGAAGAUUCACACGACGGAGGACAAGAUCGAAUACCUGGAUUUCAACCAUAUGCUGCAGCACGCCCGUCUCACACUCGGUCUGGCAUACGAGCUCGCCUUUGCCAAGUUCGAUUAGACUGCUGUACGAUCUUACUGCCUCACCAAGGCUUCACUAUUUUUGUACUUCUCCUGAUCGACAAUGCAUAGUCCCUGAUGAACCAGACCGAGAGGUGGUGUGCGGAGAAUGUAGGAACCUCGAUAUUGACGUACGGCGACCCAAGAUGGCGGGUAUUGGGGCAUGGGGCAUGGGUCUGGGGGCAGAGGGUGGGCACUGGGCAGCUGUCAGAUUUGAGACCUUGCACGUGUCUGGCGUUUGCGCAAGGCACUCCACAUUCCAGCGCUCGCCAUGCCCAGUGCCCGCUCGUCGAAAGUAGCUCGAUCAUCAUCAUAUCCAUGACCGAUCUUAAGAGUUC